AUGUUUUGUGUAUACACCUCGGAGAUUUUAUAUGAUACUCCUUACAUGGACGGAGUUCAUAGUGGUUAUAAGGGCUUAUUUACGGCAAAGAUUUAUGGUAGAAAGUUCCUUCGACGACGAAUAAGGUAUUACUCGCACAGUUCUGCUUCGUUCAACCCAUGUAGGCCUAUAUUGGUUCUUGAAUUAAGUGGCGAUAUUCAUCCACAUCCAGGACCAGUAUCCAAUCCCAGACGUUCGGGUAAAGGUCGGCACACUUUAUUGGUCUUAACAAUCAAUGCUCGAAGUCUAAACAACAAACUUCGCGACUUUCAGUCAAUGGUGUACACGAGCGAUUGUGAUGUUGUUGUUGUGAGCGAGUCCUGGCUGACUCCCUCGGUGCUAAAUAAAGAAAUAUUACCGAAUGGCUAUGAUAUAUAUCGCUGUGACAGACAAGAUGGCAAAAGAGGCGGAGGGGUAUUAAUUGCAAUAAAAAAUGAGAUUGAAUCUAAACGACGCAAAGAGCUAGAAUCGAAUUGUGAAAUUGUGGUGUGUGAAAUACAUAUUUCCAAAGGUAUGAAGCUAAUUAUAUGCGGUUUCUAUAGACCUCCCUCGAGCAAAAAUGAAUAUUUAAUGAAUUUUGGUAAUUCCCUCGAGAAUAUUGUGAGAGACGGUACUCCUGUUAUAUUAUGUGGCGAUUUUAAUUUUCCUGAAAUUGAUUGGGAACUGCAAGUAGCACCUGGGUGUGACAACUUACCCAAUAUUUUCUGCGACAUGAUAAACGAUGCUUUUUUGAGUCAGAUGAAUUAUUCUCCGACAAGGGUUUCUGACUCAACAAGCAACAUUUUGGAUUUAGUUUUUACAAAUCUGCCGGAUCAGCUUUACGGUCUUUCAACAUUCGAUUGUCAACUGAAUACCGAUCAUCUUGGAAUUUCAUUUUUCCUUAAGACAACUGUGAAGCGAACAAAAUUUUCACGUUCUGUGUAUAAUUUUAAAAAGGCUGAUUUCGAUGGGUUAAGAGAAACUCUUGCGCACACACCAUUUGAAAUGCUACUCGACUGUGAUGAUAUCGACCAAAGUUGGGAAAAAUGGAAAGAUGUAUUUCUUACUACCGCUGAAAUGUUUAUCCCAAAAUGUAAGGUUAGAAAUGCAAAGGCACCAAAAUAGAUAGAUGGAGAUGUUAUCAAUCUCUCUAAGUGUAAGAACAGAAUGUGGAAAAAAGCUAAAAAAUCUAACUUAACAAGUGAUUGGGAUAAUUACAAAACUAUUCGUAAACAGCUAAAAACGUUGACUAAAAAGAAAUAUCGUGAACAUCUCGCAACUAUGCAGGAUGAGUUAAAGGAUAAUCCUAGUAAGUUUUGGUCAUUUUACAGAGCCACAACAAAAACAGCCAGGAUACCAAAAAUUGUUCAUCAUGUGGGGAGAAAGCCUCAACGCCUUCUGCUAAAGCGGACAUGUUCAACAAAUUUUUUGCGUCCGUUUUUCAAAAAUCUGACCAUGGAGCAGAGAUAAAUCAUGAUGUGUUUCAUCCUCGCGUUGACAAAUUGCAUAAUUUACAUGUUACUGUUGAAGAUAUCUUGUCUGUUUUGAAGGCCAUUAAUCCUUCAAAAGCUAGUGGGCCUGAUCAAAUUCCUGGACGGAUUUUAAAAGAAUGUGCAAAUGAGAUUGCCCCUUCACUUACACAAAUAAUAAAUCUUUCCCUUCGAAUAGGAAUGUUACCAAAGGAAUGGAAAUGGGCAAAUGUUGUGCCAGUUUUCAAAAAGGGUGAUGUUGAAAACGUGACAAAUUAUAGACCUUAUAUCUCUUUGCUAAGUGUAGUGGAAAAAGUAGUGGAACGUUGUGUAUUUGAUAAGUUUUUCCCAUUCAUAGCCAGUCGUGUAUACCAUCUUCAACACGGAUUUAUGAAAGGCCGCUCUACGGUUACCCAACUACUUGAAAUUGUUCACCUUUUAACAAAAUCAAUUGAUGAAAAGGGACAAACGAAUAUUGCAUUCCUUGAUUUUUCAAAGGCUUUUGACUCUGUGUCUCAUUUGUCAAUGAUGGAUAAGCUAUACGCGGCGGGCAUCAGAGGCUCUUUGCUUAAAUGGUUUGGAAGUUACCUGCAUGACAGGAAGCAGCGAGUAGUACUUGACGGCAAAUGUUCCGAAUGGCUUGAUGUCACCAGUGGGGUUCCACAAGGCUCUAUUUUGGGGCCAGCUCUUUCUGUUCUGUUCAUUAAUGACAUGCCUGAUGUUAUUUCAGAAUCAGGAACGCUCGCAUUGUUUGCUGAUGAUGCGAAGUGUCUACGUACAAUCAAUUCAGACGCCGAUUGCGUGGCUUUACAAAGGGACUUGAAUAAUUUAACUACUUGGAGUGCAGAAUGGAAAUUACCAUUUAACAUUGACAAGUGUACCAUCUCUACAGUAACAACGAAACGCAACCCUGUUUCUUUUAUUUAUGAAAUAGCUAAUUGCGUUAUCAAGAGAGUAAACGAACAGAGAGAUCUUGGAGUCCAUAUAACUA